UUAAAUUUUAUUUUGAAUGAGUGUUAAAUACGUGCUAGUACGCUGCACUGAGUAAAGCAAGCAAGUUGUCCUAAAACGACUGAUCACGAAAAAAUGACAGCCAGAGAAGCCUCGUAAUUGAAUGUCUUCCGCAGUCCUCCUUAUCACCGGAAAUGAAAUCCAGAAAGAAAUGUAUAUAUACAUAUAUCUUCCGAGUCGCUCCCUGAAGGCAGUCGCCACCCAGAGCCACACCGAUGGGGAUGCUGCGAGCCGUGCUGCUGACGGGGUCUGUGCUGGUGCUGCUGGUGCUUCUGCCAGCCCCGCCCCAAGCCGAGGCCGCCGCAACGCGUGAAAUCGUCAAUGAUCCAGACCACCCCAACACGUGCUUUAUAAAGGAAGUUGGCAUACGCGUGGAGGAGGGGCACAGCUUCCAGCUGCCGGGCUGCGCGGAGGUGUCCUGCGAGAAAGUUCCGGGAGUGGGCACGGCCAUUACCUAUGUCUCGUUUGCGGAAUCCAGCGAGGUGUUACGGUGCUCGCCACAGCCACGGGAAGGUAAGAAACGUGGUGGUGACGUUAGCUAAGAGCGAUCCACCGCC